UUUCAUUUUGUAAACAAGGCCGCCAUUCUCACUGGAAUUUAAAUAGAGUGUUGUUUAUAAUUGUCAAUUACCGUAGAGUUGCAGAGCAUAUCCCCCUUUUUAAACUUUUGGAUGCACGAAAUUAUUUUUUUCUAUGUGCUGCGUUUGCCAGAAAUGAUAUCAACAGAAAGUAACCAAGUCAUUGAAAGAAUUGUAGCCUACUCGUGAAGCGUGUUCAUACUUGCAGAAACAGAUUGCAGGAUUGAAAAAUAGAAGGGGAAAACGAGAGUUUGAUAGAUAUAUUAUUAAUAUUUUCGUAAAAAGGCAAUAUAGAAAUGGCAUUUCAGAAUCAGCUGCAGUUCAACACGAGUGUACCGACAUACACGGAAAAUUUGGCGUUUCGUCACCACCACCCAAGGGCGCUUAUUAUAGAAAAGCCCCAUGUCCAACAAGCUGCCUCUGCGUUUGUCACGCGACAGAAUGUGUCUCAUGUCACUCGAGAAGUUAAUUCGAGUUCCCUGUCAAGUGAAAAAAUGGAAAUGGCUAUGAAAUUGGCCCAGCGAGAUAUCAGGAAACAAAGAGAUCAGGAAAGACUGCGAGCUUUAAAACCGAGAAGCAGAUCUCCAUCACCAAAAUCACUCAGAACAAGAGCAAUUCCAGGGCAAAAGUUUUGGAGCAAAAAUCAAAGAAGUCGCGAUCCAAAGAAGGAAAGACGAAUUGUAACAGUGAGAGAACAUGACAAAAAUCGUCAACCAAGGGAUUCUCGAACACAGACCCCACCAAGAGCACCAAAGUUUGGGGGCAGAGUGCCUGAUCCAAACUUUCCUGUUUCUUCUGAUUCUCCACCAUCGAAAGACACAGACCUGAAAAUUUAUCCAAUACAGAAGUUUGCUCCCAGUGAUCAACCUGCCAAAGAGAUAGAGAGGCUUCAGCGGGAAAUGGAGUCCUAUUUACAGCAGAUACAAGUCAUUGAGCAAAGGGCAUUAAAAGAACAGUCCAUGGAUUUCCUUCAACACAAGUCGAGGAAGAAGAAGGGCUAUCUUCCAGAUGAGGAGGACAGGGAGAGGAAGCAGGUUCGUAGUGAGGAGAUGCAGACCCGGGCUGCCCGGCAGCUGUAUGUUCUCAGACAACAGGUUCGAGAGGUCCAGAACCAGCUUAUCAGAGGCGACGUUGACAAAAUGAAACACACUAAAAAGAGUCAAAUCAUGGCUCGUCUGGCUGCAGCCCAUCGAGGAGCCGUGAGAGCUAUCCAGUCGUUUGUGAACAGUCUGCCCUUUACAGACUUACAGAGAGGUCUCCCAGCCAGUUACCAGGAGCUGGCCCUCCUUGUCAGACAGAUGUCCAUGCUGAGUACGCAACUCGCCACUGAUGAGAAGUCCAGUGUCCACCAAGACCUUCUCAACAUGCUGGACAGAGUGGAUGACUUGAACAAGGCAUGGUGUUCAGAAAUUCAGGCACUCUCCUCAACCAAACCGGAAAAUGUUUCUCAACAGAAACCCGCUUCUAGGCCUCCAUUUCAAGUUCCAAAACCAGUCAAACAGACGAAGCCAACAUUUGUGUCCUAUAAAGGCAAAGAGAACAGGGCUAGAGGUGUGCUGAUUGCAAGGAAGCCGUCCAAAGUCACAGGUAAAGCACAUUCAGGAAGGACCCUGACGCCUGAGAGGAGAGCCACUCUACAAGCUGGUAUUGCCGCUCUGAUGCAAGGUGAUAAACAAAGAAACAGGCUUGAUCUGGCGCAAGGAAGUAAACAGAUUAGCAGUGAUGGAAUGGCCUGGGAAAUUCCCAUCAGCAAACCACAGGCAGCACAGAAAAAGAGUCUGAUAAUCCCAGGAAAAUUACAAGCAAAGCGAGAUAAGGCCCAGAAGCCUGUGAUUAAAUCUGUACCAGAGACGCACUAUGCUGACCCCACCGUGGCCUCAAAACUCAAAGUAACCAUGCCCUACUACCAAGGCACAGUCUUAGAGAGAUCCUUUUCUGCACCUCCCUCACCAAGAGGUUACAAAGUCAGUCCUGAUUGUCCUCUGUAUGGUGCCUGGAAACCAGCAGGUAGAACUCCCACUACAAGGAGAGCGCGGUCUCAAAGUCCACAGUCAGGUCGUCAGAACUUCAUGUCACAGUAUGUGGAGGACAGCGUCGUACAAAAUUUGUACCAUGAUGCCUUCUUAAGCCCAAACCAGUCUAUCAAUGAGUUACAGAACAGAGGGAGGUCUCCCACAAGACAAAGACGCCAGUUCAGCAGGUCUCCUGAGAGUAUGGUUAAUGAAGCGGAACUGGCAAUCAGAACAAGGCUGAAACCACUGCUCGAAAAGGCAGAGAAAAUAGCAACAAGGCAGGAACAUUUUUCUGCAAUGAAUGAUGUCUCCGCGAGACGGAGGAUGGCUAAUGAAGCAUCUAACAAUGCAGGGACUCGUGGAGACGUUCUGGCUGAGAUUAUUUUGGAUGACAUCAUUAGGGACACUGCUGGGGAACUGGAGAAUUUGGAGAGAUCACAACGAGCAGAGCAGGAGGCCAUCAGAUUGCAGGAUAACCCAACUCUGGAAAACGUGUUUCAGAGACUGGAACAAAUGGAGCAAGAGCAGUUUGAAAUCAGAAGGCGCUGGGCAACACUGGAGUUUGAAGAAGCAGGGUCUAAUCUCAGAUCAAAGAGACAAACUGUUUCAUCUCAAUAUUCUAAGCCCAAUGCACCAGUUGCUAUGGAAAUUACAAGGAAAAGUGGACCUAGCAUAAUGGGGCAAAAGAACUUGUAUCAGCAAGAGUUCACAGAGGAUCAGCCCAUUAUUUUCACAAAGUUCAGGCCUGAGCCUAAGUUUGUACAGAAUCGAGUCGUACAGGAAGACGAACAGACAGAUCUUGAUAGAGCAGGUGGUCGGCCUGUGGAACUGACUCUGCCGAAAAAUGUGGUGGAGAAUAUCCAAAAUUAUGUGGAGAAAUAUGAGAGACAUUUAAAGAAAACAUCACAUCAGAUUCAGGGAAAGUUUGAUCCUUGGAAAUUGGUAGAGGAGGUUUCAGAUCAAGUUUUAGAAGACUGUUUGAGGGAAGUUUCAGAUGAGUUGGAGGACAUAAAUGAAGCUGUUGUCAAUCAAGUCUGCAAAUCUGAGUUCAUGAUCAAUAGCACCCUGAACAGUACACCAACGUCACCGGGCUUCACACCAGGGGCGUCCCCUCACCAGAGCCCUGCCCACUUACCAGGGGGGUCCCUUCACCAGAGCCCUGCUCACUUACCAGGGGGGUCCCUUCACCAGAGCCCCGCCCGCUCACCAGGAGGGUACACAUCAGUGACUUCUCCGGAUGGGGCAGUCAAAAUGGUGGUUUUCAGUGAAAAGGAUGAUGUAGUCUCAGAGUCACAGGAAGAACUGACAAUAUCAGAGGAAAUGACUGAAGACGACGAUGAAGAUGAUUACGAAGAUGAUUAUGAAGAAGAUUAUGAAGAAGAUGAUUGAUUAAUGUCAAACACAGAAGUGUAUGCAGAUAAACUACAUAAUGUACUCUUAUUUAAAUUAGAUGUAAAGUUACUCUCCACAUUCAUGGUUAUUACCUCACCCAUGUUAACUUCCACAAAUUAUAUUUCUUUGCCACUGUGCCAAUUUUAACUAAUUAACUAAACUUAUUACAAUAUAUAUAUAUGAUGGGACCCACAAGAGGGGUUUAAAGUUUUACAAACAACAACAUACAAAUUGUAUAUAGGACUCUUUCUAUUAAUGAAUAUGCAAUGAUCAUCAUGUUAAGUACAUGUUUAUUCAAGUUUCUAUACCAUGACCCACAGGAUCGGAUUUUGGCUACAGUUUAAUGGCAACUGCUUGUGUGAGGGAUUUUGACCGUGGUCUCCUGUAUUCAUAUUCAACUGAAUCACCUGUGAUAUUCAGUUUUAUAUGUAUGAAUAUAAAAAAUCAUGCAUAUGUAGAGUUCAAAUGUACUAGGCUAGGUACAUUUAGACAGGUUAACUGCUUAUACCUGAAAAGAUUUCCCUUGAUAGACAAGGACUGGAAAAUUGUUCAGUGCAUGUUUUGCAGUGUUUUGAAUGUUUUUUUUAAAUUCAGUUGUCAUAAAGUAGAUUUUGAGGAUAAUUGUAUUUUUUUUUUAAUCUGUGAUAUAUAUUUUUGUUUUAUGAUUUAAACAAUUUAAACAAGAUAGAUAUUGUAUAGCUUUAUGAUACUAAUUUGUCGUAAAAUAAAAAAGUUUGGAGAAUUUCAUUGUUGAGGAGACUUUCAGUGUAUUUUGAAUUAUAGUUACAUAAAGUCUGUGAACAUU